ACCCUCUAGCAGAGGUGAGCGUGCAGGAGGAGCAGAUUUUAUCCAGUUUCUUCCUCUCAAACGUUGGAGACAGACCCUGCAUUUGAAUCAGGAGAUCUCGGAAACAAACGAUCUUAAACAUAAAAGAAGAUGCCCUCCAUAAAUAUCUGCAUUCUCAAAACGUCUUUGAGCGCUAUGAAUUCUGGGAAUCGUAGUUCAGCGGCAUAGUCUGCACAGGCGCAGUAGUCCGUGGAUCCGGAGGUCGGCUCUUUGUUCUUCUGGCGACUGGAAGGAUGUCUACCUGUCUCUGUAGAGCCCAGGUUUGGACUCUGUGAUGGUGCUGCCGGGCCCCUCCUGCUGACGCUGACCUAUCCCUGCAGAUCAUGUGUAUCAAGAAGUCUUUGGUAGGCUCUGCAGUGACCUAGGCUGGGGGCACCAGACACAGAGAGAUAUUAUCUGUGUUGGGGAGACAGAUCUGAGCACCAGGGAGAAGGUCCCAGUUAAAGUGAUCUUGUUUUGGUGUCCCCCAUCCUGCCCCUCGUCCUCAGCUUAAGCCCUGCAGGAAGGUGAAGGUGGAAGAGGAUUCCCUGGGGAUCAAGAAUCUGUCCAAGAAGAUCCGCCUUGAAUUUUCUGAGCUUCCAGGCAGAGACUGAUUGAUAGGAGCAGAUACUGGAACUGUUGGGGCUGGAACAAGUCUUGAACAGUUCUUGGGCGAAAUCAGAAUACUCAGGAAGCAUCAAGGGCUAACUAUGGAAGACUUGGCUUUGACUUUCUUGCUGGAAGAGAGAGCUCUGCUUUCUGAAGACUCUGCUCUUUCCCAAGCAAGGAGUCUAGAGGAAGAAGUAUUGACUUCUGGGUUUCUGACAGCCAGGAUGCAGGAAUCUGUGACAUUCAAGGAUGUGGCUGUGGACUUCACCCAGGAGGAGUGGAAGCAACUAGACCCGGCACAGAGGGACUUAUACAGGGAUGUGAUGUUGGAGAAUUACAGAAAUUUGGUCUCAUUGGGACUUCCAGUUUUUAAACCAGAUGUGAUUUCCCAGCUGGAGAGAGGAGAAGCUCCAUGGACUCCAGAAGUCCCAAGAAGCACUUGUUCAGGUUCUUUUAGUCAGGAGACUAAGUGGGAAAACAAAGACUCAACUCCAAAGCCUGGGUUUUGUAUGGGAGAGCCAUCUAAGGAACUUCAACUCCCACAAGAUGGGUACUGGGAUUUCAAGUUGGGAUCAUCUUGGGAAUAUGAUGUAAGGUUAGAGGGGGAUACAGACAACCAGGAAAGACAAUCUAGGCAAGUGAUAUUCAUCCCCAGAAAAGCUUCUAAUAAGGUGAAUGUUAAUGAAGGUAAUACAUAUGGUUUCAGUCUGGGGUCAAUUCUUGAUCCACAACAGCUGUUUGCUACAGGAAAAAGUCUACAUCAAUGUGAUGUGCUUGAAAAAAGCUUCAAACAGUUUUCAGAGCUAAUUAAAUGGAAUAGAAUUUCCUUAGGGAAGAAACUUUUUAAGUAUAAUAAAUGUAGGAAGCCCACCAGUUACCACUUAGACUUGGUUCAGUAUGAUGGAAUACGUAUUGGAGAGAAACUUUAUGAGUGUCAUGAAUGUGGGAAAGCCUUCAACUGGGUUACACACCUUACUGAACAUCAGAGAAUCCAUGCUGUAGAGAAGCCCUAUAAAUGUAAUGAAUGUGGGAAAGCGUUCAGCAAACACUCCUACCUUAAUCAACAUCAGAAUGUUCAUACUGGAAAGAAACCUCAUAAAUGUAAUGAAUGUGGGAAAAACUUCAGCCAGAGGGGACACCUCACUGAACAUCAGAGAAUUCAUUCUGGAGAGAAACCUUAUAAGUGUAACGAAUGUGGGAAAGCCUUUGGCCAGAAGGCACAUCUUACUGAGCAUCUGAGAAUUCAUACUGGUGAGAAACCCUAUCAAUGCAAUCAGUGUAGAAAAGCUUUUAGCCAGAACUCGUCUCUCAUUCUACAUCGGAGAAUUCAUACUGGAGAGAGACCUUUUGAGUGUAAUGAAUGUGGAAAAGCCUUCAGCCAGAAGGGACAUCUUACACAACAUAGGAGAAUUCACACUGGAGAGAAGCUCUUUGAAUGCAAUGAAUGUGGGAAAUCUUUCAGCCAUGGAUCAUCCUUUACUUAUCAUCAGAGAAUUCAUACUGGUGAGAAACCAUAUGAAUGUAAUGAAUGUGGGAAAGCCUUUAGCCAGAAUUCAUCCCUCACUCUACAUUAUAGAAUUCAUACUGGAGAGAAACCCUUUGAAUGUAAUGAAUGUGGGAAAGCCUUUAGGCAGAGGGGAAAUCUUACUGAACAUAUGAGAACUCAUGUGGGAGGGAAAUCCUUUUAGUGUUCUGAGUGUGAGAAAGCGUUUAGCCACAGAGGUGAUACCUGUUGAGCUCUGGAGAAUUCACAGCUGUGAAGAACUCAAUGAAAGAUUAAAAGAGGGUCAUUGCAUCAGCUGUCAGUCCAUCUGAAACAUCAGACAAUCCAUACUGAAGAGGGAGCCCUGUGAAUGUUUUGACCGUGAGAAAACUUUUAGGAUCAUGCAUCAGAGAUUUCGUGCUGGAGUUUAACUCCACAUAGGGAUGCUGUAAGGAGAACAUUAUGAAGACUUAACACUUGUUCAGUAGGGGAUGGGGAUUGGAUCUAUGAUUUCAUCUAUAUGAUAAGCUCCUGAGUAAGGACGUUCCUGUACUGAUGCAAGUCAGUGCCUCCUCUGCAACUUAGGGUCUUUGCUGGUUUCCUAGAGCACUAGAAGGUUAGGUGAUUUGCCUGGGGUCACAAAGUCAGUAUGUAUCUGGGACGGGAUUAGAACCUAGGUCUUCCUGGCUUCAAGGCCAAUACUCACGUACACACUACACCACACGGGGAGGGUAAAGAUUUCAUUGUUUGUCACCAUCUAUAUUUGUUAGUCAUCUGAAGGGAAAGAUAACCCUGUCUUUUCUUGUCUCGCUCUCUUCUGUUAGCCACAUUAGUUGUCAUCAGGUGGCUACAGAGUGAUCUAUGGAGAAUACGGUGUGUGUGUGCUGGUUUAAGGGCUGCAGUCAUGCCUAAAUUGUUAUAAUGUUCUUUAGUGGACUGAUUAAACUUUAAUAACUUGUUAGAACAAAACAGGAAUAACCUAAGAUGGCUUUCUUGCCUGAGGAGGUGUCUUUGUAUGUGGGUAUAUAUGUGUGUGUCUUUGUAGGUGUGCAUGUUUGUGUCUGUGUGUAUGUAUGUGUGUGUGGGGGGAGAAAUUGCUUAGAGACUGCUUGUAUCUCAUCCCUCUGAGAUGAAAAUGUAUUCUUCCUGAGCCUAGAUGGGUCCAGUUUAAGCCUAUUGUCUUGCCCUGAAGCAUCUAGUGUCAGAACUGGAAAGGCCUUUAAAUUAGAUCACUGUUACCUGUAGCAGCUAAGAAUAGGGCUGAGAACAAGAAAGGAGGUCUUACAUUCCACUUCCUGAAGGUAGGAGAUGUGGAAGUUUCAAGGAGAAACCAGCGUGAGAGAGAAUCUAUGAACUUCAAGCAUAACUGACUGAGAAUGGGAUCUAUGUUUAGGAGUUAUGGUAAUGAUUGUGGGUCUGCAGUUAAUCUGUGGUAUGUUCAAGGCCACUCUAAUGAUAUCAAGGCUUGGACAGACUAUUAGGUUCAGUUUUUGGUGGGCAAUGGACUUUUAUUAGUCACCUGUACACCUGGUUGUGGUACCUGAUAGACUUCAGUGGGCUUGCAAAUCUGCAGCAGAAGCAAAGCCUUAUUAUAGAAUUCUAUCAUGCUACCCACUUGCCUUCCCUCUGAUUUUUCCUCAAGUUCCUCCCUAACUGCACUCCAUAUUCUUCCCACCCACUCAACCUCAUGUGCCCCAUUAUACCCUUGCACUUCUGGGUCUUGACCUUACAAGAGAUCCCCUAUACCCAAAUAACACUUUUGCUCCAGUUUCCCCUCUUUUUUCUUAUACCCCCAAUAUGCACAGCAAUAGUAGUAAGAAUAACUGGUGUUAAUGUAGUGCUAUAAAAUGUCCAAAGAACUUUGCACACAGCAUCUCAUAUAAGCCUCACAACACCACCAGGAUGGUAGACUCUCUCCCCACAGGUAUAUCCCCAAUCCCUAAGCAGUAAUCAAAAUACAAUAAAGCCAUCCGAUUAUC